AUGAAUGCUUCCCAACGCCCUCCAACACUGUCAUAUCCUUACCCACCCGGCAUGACGCUGGGCCCGCCAGUGUCUCCGGUUCGUCAAGCUUCACCGCAAUUGCCCGUCAAUUUGGCCUCAAACAACCCAUUUAGAAACCGUGCGCUGUCUCCAUCCAGCUCGGCCACGUCGGGCAGUCGACCAGAGCGGCCAACGUCGACAAACCCCUUCUUAGACGACAUCGAUGCACUGUCACCUCAAUCUGCGCCCGUGGGAACUAUGACGUUCCCGACCGAGAAGCAAGACCUCACAGACAGCACCCGCGACCUCUUCGAUAACCUCUCCCUUAAUUCUGCUCCCCAGCCUACCGGUUUCCGACCGGCCCCAGCCCCGCUCCGUUCGAACGGCCCGCCUCCAAACGGUGCUUCAAGUAGCCGCGCACCACCGACUUCGAGAGAACGCCGCGAAAAAAACCCGCUAGAUAUAUUUGCCGACCCGCCCAGUUCUUCGAAACCCUCUAGUUCGAAACCACGCGAUCGGGAAAGACGGCCCCGUCGAAAUUCGGAGUCCUCGGUCAUGGACCGCACGCCGAAGCUCCUGGAUGCCGAUGAUGAGAAACGACGACGGGAGAGACGGCGGCGGGAGCGGAAAGAUGGAAAGCCCCGUUCAAAGAAAGGCAACUACCAGCUAGAUAUUAUUGAUAAAUUGGAUGUGACCAGCAUUUAUGGCACGGGAAUGUUCCAUCACGAUGGCCCAUUCGAUGCCUGCAAUCCCAGCCGCAAUCGCAAGGGUCUUCGCACAGCCCCCAUGCAAGCGUUUCCAGAAGACUCGACUAACAUGGCUUUGGGGGGUGCAGGGCCUCUCAAUCAAAAUAUUGAUUUGAACCUGUUCCAUGGUAGAACCGAGGAGGGGUACAACGAUUUCAGCUAUACCAUAGAGAGCCGCAAAACCGAGGGUGUAAGUUUCGACCCGAAAUCGCGCAUCGAGCCAGUUCAUGGCGCCCAGAGCUUGGGGUUGGGAACCAGUACGUUUUUGGAUGGCGCUCCCGCCAGUCGGUCAGCAAUGCAACGCCGACAGAGUGAAAACGAACAGCAGAAUAGUCAGAACGGCGGCCUCCAGCGGAAAAAGAGUUUGGCCCAGAGAAUUCGGGGAAUGAAUCGAGCCCCAAGUGGCCGCGUGGCAUCCCCAGAAGCUUCGUAUACUGCUUCAUCCGGCAACUCUGGACCGAUCAAAAGCAACGAAAAGAAUCCAUUUUCCCAAGACUACGACGAUGCGUGGGAGAAGAAGGGUGCUCGUAUCGCCGAGGAAUCGCGCGAUAUUGGACGGGCUCGUUCAUCCAGCAGUCCGAAAACGAGUACCACUCUGGAACGGUGGCAUACCACCGAGAGGACCAACAGUGGUCUUGAGGAGCGUCAGAAUAACGGCGGUGGCUUCAUCAACCGCAUGAAGAGCUUAAGAAAGACGCGCCCAGAGAGACGGGUCAGCAACGACUGA